AUGGCCUCCUCGUCCAAGAUAGACCUGUUCUCGAACUUCUCUUGCCUCGACGAGAUUAUACAGGUUAUUCAUCAGGGCUCCGAUAAAUUCGUAGUUACGAGCUCUGUAACGCAAGACGCUUGGGAAUUGCAUGUCUCCCUUGAGUGCCGACAAGGACGGUGCUGGAAGGGUCAAUGGCAGGUGUCCGACGUUCGCAAGAUUGUGGGCACGAAAGCUUCCGAGAAGAUGCUGCACACAUUCUCUGGUAAGCUGCUCGACACCAUCGUCAAAGGCGACAUUUGCAUAGGCGACUGGAAUCCAAAGCCCAAUGCCGAUAUCAACCUUACCCUCGGGCCAAGUGCGAAGAAGCCCCUGCAUGUGUCUCUCAUUGAGCUGUCUGCCACCGACUCGGCGGCCUACGCGACCCGGUUAUUGUUGAAGGUCGCGCAGAAUGCCCAGUCGCGUCAGUGCCGACUGCUGGCCACCGCAGCAGACGCGGCUUCCGCGCCACAAUUGGCGGAUAAGAAGAGGAAGGCGGAUACUGAAGCUGAGCAGGAUUCCUAUCCUCCCAGGCCUCGCGGAUAUCGAGGUCCCGCGGAGAUUCUGAGGCAGCAUAGUUCGUUUGGAAUACAUUCAGACUCGCAGGCACCUGAAGUCGUCAAACCACCUCCCAAGCUCAAGGGCGCGUCACUUGCGAACCCCAACAAGAAGGCGCGGCGAUAUCAGAAGCUCGAGUUCGUCGACAGUGACGAUGAGGAGAAAGACGACAAGUAG